AUGAGCAAAAUAAGAGAGUGUAAAAAGUGCAAAUCGAACGAGUACACCAACAAACAACUGGUGAUGAUGAUCAACGAGUGUGGUCAUCCAUUGUGCAAACUUGACGAUGACCAGAAAUGGAUUGAAGAUCAGUUGCGUGACGAGAGACAAAUGAAGGCGAGAAUGACGGAACAUAUGGAGACUGAUGCGCGCGACAAAGAGAACGCGACCGCCGUUACGGACACCCGAAAGAUAAUGGACGAAUUGCGUGAUUCGAACGUCGCCGCGGAAGUGAUUCUGGAUAGAGAGCGGAAGAAACAGAUUGAGAAGGAAUUGGAAGAGAAAGAAGAGCAAGAGAAGCGGAAAAGACGGAAUAAAGAGAUGUUGCAGACGAGGAAACGAGCCGCCGAGAAUAUGUCAUUCAAUACGGUCAUUCGGAUCGCUGGAAGGGCUUAUUUGCAUCAGCCCCUGGAACUCGUCAUCAACGGACCACCAAUGCCGAAUGCAUCUCAAAUCGAAUCGAUGGGUUAUCUCGCUCACAUUCGCAAUGCCACACCGGAUCUGAUCGCCGGCGGUUACACAUCUGCACUCGGUUGUUCUCGUGCACUCUUCGAGGCUCGUAUCGACCUGUUCGCCUUCUAA